AUGCCUGAAGCUCCCCCGGAGCCGGCACUCAUCCCAUUCUCCGAUGAACAACAGCCACAACAACAGGACAACCCCUCCGCAUCCUUCCUGCAAGAACCCAAUUCCCUCCCCUCCAGCAGUAACAAACAAAACGCCUCUCCCGCCGAACUCCAAACCCCGCCUCGACCGACCGCCUCAUCCUCAAUGGCACCACCCUCGUCCGCCGACCGCGUCCCGGACUCCCAGCCGCAAUCCGACGCGACAGCAAACGGCGCCGCCACAGGUCCGGCCCUCCCCGCUCCACUAAUGCUUCUCCUCGACUCGACCCGAUCGACGCUGCGCUCUCUGUUCAGCGUCAAACCUCCACACACCAUCCAGCGUCUCGCCGAGCUGAUUAUCCGUCCGAACGCGCACUACCGCACGCUCCCCGCGUACCUGCGCGCAGUUGACAGAGUCGUCUCCGUGACCAGCAGCGCGGACGUGUUCCCCCUGCAACUACAGCCGACCCAACCGAAUGGCGUCCACAACGGUGCGGAGACAAGCUUCCCUCUCCCCGAUCAUGCGAUGAGCGGCGACGAAUCGUUGGGCGGCGCUCUUCUGACCCCGAUACCGUGGUUGAAUAACGCUGCUUCACCGGAAGGUGGAGACGGGGUGCCUGAAGGGCUGGAGACCAUGGCUGCGCAACCCCUCCAGGAGAUGGAAGGCACCACCACUCAGCAAACGAUCGUGCAGUCCCAAGCAGCACCGGGGGGAAUUGAGAACAAAGCGAUGGAAGGCAGCGGGUCUCCACCCGCCGAUGUGGCGGAAGACGUUCCGCAUGCGCGUGGACCGCAGAUCAUUGGCGUGGAGGAUAUGGGCCUCCAGGACGGGCAUGGGGUUGAGAUGACCCUCUCCAACCCGGAAGAUGGCUCCAGCCAGCCGACGUCUGCGCAAGGCGGCCAGCAGACCGGCCAGUCGGACGUCGGCGACGAGGGCAACCAGCAGUCAGUCGCCAAGGGACCGGCGGACGGUGACGGUGAUAUCCAGUUGAGCGAUGCCAAAGAGGAGAGCGAGGGACCCGCCGCGUCUGCGCAGGCGGGACAGUAG